CCGCUAUAAGCCAACUCAUUCUUACGUCCAGCCCAUUAAAACUGUGGAAUUUCGAAAAAAAAAAAAAGACAUUUUUUUCUAACUUGGAUUUUUUGUUAUGUAAGUGGAAAAACUUUCAACGAGGACUUUUGCAAAGGAGGAGACAGUAUUAAAUAGAACUAUAGCUAUCUUCUGUUUGGUGAUGGCUAACAUUGUCCCAUAAGCUAGAAGGAUAGCAAGCUAGACAUAUCGAGCUAAUACAGAGGGUGGUUUCGACUCAAUUUGAGAGUUCAGACAUGAGCCAAAAGGAGAACGAUAAUGUGAUUAAUGAAGUUCAUAAACAAGAAAGAGUACCCGAGAACAAUGAAGAUGAGCCAGAAUUGAAAAGUCAUGCAAAUGAAGGGCAGAACUCCGGAACACAGUUGACAGAUAAGAUUUCAAAUUCGGAACAGGAAAAAGAUGUAAAUAACGAACUCGAAGAAGAAAAGGUCGACCUUUCUUGUGGAAUCUGGAAAUUUCGUACCAACGCUUUCGGGACAUGUUUCGCCAACCUCUAUGUAUUUGCGACCUUUGUUGGAUUAUCUGCUUUAUUCUCUGAGAUGAUUAGAAGUAUCAUUCAUGUGCAGCUUACGUCGAUUGAGAAACAAUUUAACAUAGACAACUCCAAAGCUGGACUUCUGGACGUUGUCACCAGAGCGGGCUAUUUGUCCACUAUACUUUUCGGAGGUCACUUCGCAAAGAAAGCACACAUCCCAAUAGUCAUCGGCCUGUCAGGAAUAUUCCAAGCGUUUCUUCUCAGCACACCAGCAUUCCUGCAAUUCGCUCUUCCCUACGAGCUUCCAGUGCUAACGCCUUCUGUACACUCGAACAUCACCAACACGACAAGUUUCGGCGACAAUGCCAAAUACAUGUGUGACUUCAACGCCACGAACUCCACAACGAAACAAAGAACUGAGAACCUAGAGCCAACCCACCAGGUGGCGUUUGUCGUACUUUUGGUUAUGCAGACGAUCAAAGGAGUCUCGGACACGUUUCAUGCCAGCUUCUUGCCCGUCCUUUAUAUGGAUGACAAUAUUCUGGACAAAGGCAAAAUGGGCAUUUUUCUGGGGAUACAGCAUGUCAUCACAGAUCUAGCAAGUCCAAUUGGUAAAGAAAUUAAUGGCCUCAUGACAGAAAUUCCUAUCGAUUUGAAAAAGACACAGCUUGACCCGAAAGACGGACGAUUCGUUGCAGCCUGGUGGCUGGCGUUCCUCGUCUUCGGUGUCGGCCUGGGCAUCGCCUCCUUCCCGCUCUUGUUGUUUCCAAGGAAGCUUAUCUCCAAAUCAAAGCAGAAAGAAGCGCUGGACAAAGCCGUGGUCAGUUAUGUCGGAGGUCAAGUCCUCGAUGAGAUAGUGGAGAAAGAGGCUGACGAUAAAGUAGAAGAAAUAGAGCUGGAAGUCUCAGACAGAAAGGAGAGUAUCAAGUCAGAGGUUGUCAACAUGCCGCCUAGAAAGUACAGUAUCAAUGUGGUAUCGUCCAGGAAAAGCAGUGUAGCCUCUGUAUAUCAGUCCAGUAGCAGACGACCCAGUAUGUUUCCGCCUCUGGUUCCUCCUACCGAAAGGAAAGUGAGUAUAGCUGGUGACCUGGUCUUUGAACAACCCAUCAAGGUACACGCUCCAGUGAAAACAAAAACAGAGGAGUUUAAGGAGAUGCUAAUAGACUUUCCCAAAGCUAUAUUUAGACUUUUGAGGAAUCCAGCCUAUGACCUUCUACUGCUGGACAUAGUCAUCAUGUCUGUGCCCUUUAGCGGCCUUUCGUUGUUCAGAAGUGUCUACACGGCUAAUGAAUACAAUGUCCCAAUGUCAACGGUCACUCUAACAUCAGGUAUCUCCACAGCCCUAGGGCACAUCGUGGGCACAAGUAUCAGUUCUUACUUGACCAGCAAGGUGAACACGAGAAUGGGUUAUGUUUACAUCAUAAUGAGCAGCUACAUCCUCACCUGCGCCAUCACACCGCUGUACAUCAUCUUCGGUUGUGACAACCAGAUGGUGCAUGGUGCUAAAGGAGAAUUCGGCAUUCCGGUCAACACGUCCAGUCUGUGUGACUGUACCAACAGUAAAGUCCUGAUCUCUUGCGGGGACGACGGUCACAACUACCUGAACCCUUGUGUCGCCGGAUGUCAGGAUGUUGAUGGCAAGACCUUCACUGACUGUCGUCUGCUAACCAAUUCAAGUCUUGGGACUAAUGUAAACCCUGGACUUUGUGCCUCUGACUGUUACACUAAUUUCAUAAUCUACACUUUCUUGAGUGGUCUCCAGUCUGUGGUCAUCCCCAUGGCCAUGAUACCCAGGAGGUUGCUGGUGCUCAGGAUUGUUGACCCGAGAGACAGAGGCUUCGCUACAAGCAUGUUUAUGUUCUUCUUCAGCUUCAUGGCUAUACCGUCGCCCAACUUAUUUGGUAAAGUCAUAGACGGCACGUGCCUUGUAUGGGACGGACGAUUCUGUGCUUUGUACGACAGGGAUAAGAUUAGGUAUUUCCUGUCUGGUCUUGAUGUCGGAGUCUACGGCCUUGUACUCAUUACCUUCUUCGUCAUGUUUGUUUUUUUCAAAUGGGAGGAAAGGAAACUCAAGCGACUGCAGCAGCGUCACAGCGUAGAGGAAAGCAGCCCGACGUAACGAUUGGCCAGCACUAGUGCGCGCAACUUUUUAGAUGUGAUCAAAGCAGACACUUGCGGUGUGUAGCGCUCAUAACUUCUACGCACCUCUAGUCAGACUCUGCGGAUUAAUGGUGUCUCUAAAAUCCUACAAUUUGACCUUAUGCUUAUCAUUUCCUUUCCUUUUUGACAUUACAGUUCUGUUAAGAUGUCACACUGACAAAAAAUUUCUGUAUACCACAGAUGCAACCAACCAUUUACAGGGUGGCCCAAAUGUAGGUUUACAAUUAUUAAACCAAAUUUUCAUGAUUUAAGUUACUUGCUUAGUAAUCUAAUAUAUAAAGCAGAAAGUAAGGCGUGUAUAUGUAUAUAUGCAACGAAUAAAAAUCAAAACCGUUUGACCAAUUUUGAUAAAACUUGUCAUAAGUGUAUCUUGGAUCAUGGCGAAGGCCGUAGUGUAUGUGUAAUGUCCUUCCCAAAACUGUAGGGCAUGAAAUUAAACAAAAAGAACCUAACUGUAUAUAUAUAUUAAAGAAUGAAACUUUUUAACAAAUCCGGUAAACCCGUUUUCAUGGUGUUCAAUAUUUAUUAUGACUGUCUGUUGAACGGGUAAACCCACUUUUUUUUACACUCUACUUUUAUUUUCGUGGCAAAAUAAACAAACAAACGUGAAAGGAACAUUCUCCAUGUUUGACAUAUAUCUAAACCCAAUCCAAUAGAUCGGUGAUAUCCAAACUAAGGCCCGCGGGUCAUAUCUGGCUAGUACGAAUGUUACAAUGCUGAAGGAGGACAUUUUAAGUAUCUGAGAGAUUCAAAUGUUUAUGUUAACGGUUAUAACGAAUUCCUCGCUGUUCUAGUGCCGAAUUUUCAAACCAAUAGUCAACGUGAUCACUAUAAACCUACUUUUGGGCCAGCCUGAUAUACAUGAUUUGUAUUAUGUAAUUACAUUACAAUAGUUAUUCUUUUACUUGUAUAGAAAAGUUAUAGACAUUUCCUUUAGUGCUAUUGUGUCAAUUCUUUCAUAUAUAAUAUCAACACGUAUUAAAUUUAUGUUUUAUUGUAAA